AUGUACAGUAUAUCGGGAGAUAAUCUUAGGAAUCAGGCCAUAGGAGCCGAUGCAGAAUCGGACGAGACGUUCAACAGAAUAAUGUCGGCUAUAAUACCGGCAAAACCGGCAAAAGAGUUGAUCUCAACGAUGGAGUGGUUAAAGGAAUGCAUAUUAUAUAACGUUCCGCACGGAAAGCGCAACAGAGGUCUGGCAGUGGUCUCGACGUAUCGUAUUCUCGCUGAACAACAGGCAAAGACACCGACACCUCAGGAGCUAGAGUUGGCCCGAGUGCUCGCCUGGACCGUCGAGUUUCUUCAGGCAUUCUUUCUCGUUGUCGACGAUUUGAUAGAUGAGUCAAUCACACGACGCGGUCAGCCCUGUUGGUACAAACUGGAGCAUGUUGGUCUUAUGUCAUGCAAUGACGCUAUAUUGUUGGAUCAGGAAAACUAUCACAUCCUUAAGCUAUUCUUCUCAGACAAAUCCUAUUAUCAGAAAUUAGUGGAUCUCAUGCAUGAGGUGAGCAUUUUUAUACAUACCUGUACUCGAUAUACAGCAAUUGGACAGUCAAUGGACAUGGCUUCAAAUCCUCCCAAUAAACGGCCGCAGUUUCAUGUCUUCACGCAAUUACGAUACGAUAGUAUUGUUAAAUACAAAACCGCUUUCUAUUCUUUUGUUUUGCCCGUAAGACUAGCGCUGUAUAUGUCAGCAUUUGAUUCAGAAGAAGACCACAAAAUAGCCGAAGAGAUACUAUUAAAAAUUGGACAUCUAUUUCAAGUACAGGACGACUAUUUGGACUGUUUUGGAGAUCCGGCUAUUAUUGGCAAAAUAGGCACCGAUAUAGAGGAGGGCAAGUGUUCGUGGCUUAUCGUAACCGCGUUUCAAAUGUGUGAUCAACAACAGCGAGAAUUCAUUGAAACUAAUUAUGGUAUAAAAGAUGGCGAUUGUGUCCGAAGAGUGAAAGAGGUUUACAACAAACUCAACCUAAAGGAUGCCUUUCAUAAAGAAGAAGAAAAACAAUACAAUGAUAUUCAAAUGGAUUACAAAAGCGAAUUCAAAGAGUUGGACGAAACGUUUGCCAAAAUAAUGUCGUCAAUAAUACCGGCCAAACCCGCAAAAGAGUUGAUCUCAACGAUGGAGUGGUUGAAGGAAUGCAUAUUAUAUAACGUUCCGCACGGAAAGCGCAACAGAGGUCUGGCAGUGGUCUCGACGUAUCGUAUUCUCGCUGAACAACAGGCAAAGACACCGACACCUCAUGAGCUAGAGUUGGCCCGAGUGCUCGCCUGGACCGUCGAGUUUCUUCAGGCAUUCUUUCUCGUUGUCGAUGAUAUGAUGGAUCAGUCAAUUACACGACGCGGUCAGCCCUGUUGGUAUAAAAUGGAGCAUGUUGGUCUUAUGUCAUGCAAUGACGCUAUUUUGUUGGAUCAGGAAAACUAUCACAUCCUUAAGCUAUUCUUCUCAGACAAACCCUAUUAUCAAAAAUUAGUGGAUCUCAUGCAUGAGUGUAUGGACACGGCCUCCAAUCCUCCCAAUAAACGGCCGCAGUUUCAUCUCUUCACUGAAUUACAACACGAAAGCAUUGCUAAAUAUAAAACCGCUUUCUAUUCGUUUGUUUUGCCCGUUAGACUCGCGCUGUAUAUGUCUUCGUUUGAUUCCGAGAAAGACCACAAAAUAGCCGAAGAGAUACUCUUAAAGAUCGGACAUCUAUUUCAAAUACAGGACGACUAUUUGGACUGUUUUGGAGAUCCGGCUAUUAUUGGCAAAAUAGGCACCGAUAUAGAGGAGGGCAAGUGUUCGUGGCUUAUCGUAACCGCGUUUCAAAUGUGUGAUAAACAACAGCAAGAAUUCAUCGAAACUAAUUAUGGUAUAAAAGAUGGCGAUUGUGUCCGAAGAGUAAAAGAGGUUUACAACAAACUCAACCUAAAGGAUGCCUUUCAUAAGGAAGAAGAGAAACAAUACAAAGAAAUCAAUGUUCUAAUCAAUAAUUUGAAAACAAAAUCCCAAUUAAGUCCUAAAAUAUUCACAGAAUUUUUGGAUAGAAUUUAUAAAAGGCAAAAAUAA